AUGUCUUGCUCCAGCCUGUGCUAUCCAGAAUGCGGAGUGGCCCGUCCCAGUCCAGUUUCCGGCAGCUGCAACGAGCCGUGUGUUAGGCAGUGCCCUGACUCUCAAGUGCUCAUCCAGCCAUCACCGGUUGUCGUGACCAUCCCAGGACCAAUUCUCAGCACUUUCCCUCAGCAGAGUGAAGUGGGAGCUGUUGGAGCACCUGUGGUCGGAUCUGGCUAUGGAGGCUCAUUCAGUUUAGGGGGAUUGUACGGCUAUGGAGGCCCUUAUGGAGGAUUGUAUGGUUCCGGGGGCCGUUAUGGUUACGGGGGAUUGAGUGGUUACGCGGGCCGUUAUGGUGGACUGUGUGGUUACGGGGGAGGUUAUGGUUAUGGGGGAGCAUGCGGUUCUGGGGUAUCUUGCCAUAGAUACCUGAGUGGAAGCUGUACACCAUGUUAA